AUGAUAGAAUCAUCUGACGAAUUACAACCACUGAGAGCCAGACUGCUGCCAAGAUAUGUCGAUGAAAGAUCGCUUUCACCACUUAGUUAUAUUGACACUGACAUCUUAUAUGACUUAGAAGCGAUCGAAGAUUUGGAUGAUGACUUUGAGGAAGAUGAGAGGCUAAGGGAACAAAAAAUGAUUCAAAACCAAUUGAAUUGGAAAGAGAGACCUAGUGUACUUAAAUUUGGGAUUUAUCUCUGCGUCGUGGUGUUUGCAAUGAGUGUUUACGAUCCAUCAUGCGACGUUAUGUAUUAUAAGCUAGCGUGCAAUUCUGUAGCUGAAAACGAAACUUGUGACCCUGUGAAGACUCAAAUUCUACUUUCAAAUUUCAGCUUGGCUUUAAAGUUAACAGCCUCGAUAACUUCCUUAUUCACAUCACCCAAAAUGUCUGCUUUGAGCGAUAGAUAUGGAAGAAAGAUGUUCCUCAAUCUUAUUUUGAGCUCCUUCUUAAUUAGCACUAUAGGUAAGGAACUAAUUUUUUCUCAUUCAAAAAAAUUACCAUUUGUUACGCUUUUGCUUGUUGAAUUUAUUUCGUCGCUACUGGGUGGUAUUCCGUGCUUUAUUGCCUUAUGCUACUGUUAUGUAUCUGAUGUGGCAGAGCCACAUGAAAGAAUUCGGGCGCUUGGGUUAGCAACAGCAGCUUCUUACAUUGGAGCCUCUUUCGCACCUAUGGUGGCCAGCUUCAUAAGUGGGUACACAUCGCAAUCAAUGGAGAUAGCUUCACUGAAAUUGAGCAGCCGAACUGAAAUAUUGAAACAUGAGUUAAUAACUUUGAAGCUCUCUGCAUUCGUAUUAUGCGCUGUUUUAAUAUUUUCAAUCGCUGCUUUACCAGAAUCUAGAGGAAAGGCUCUCAGAGAACACUCAAAGAAUCAACAUGCAUCUGAUUCUCCGCGUCGGUGGAGUAUAUUUAACUUCUUGAGUCCUCUUUCGGUGUUGACUAUGCCAGAUAGUGCUGUCUCUAAUACAUCAAAGGCUAAGCUGCACAAGAUGGCAGUGUGGUUACUUAUUUCUAUGUUUGUAAUCAGUUCCGGUUUAUCUCCGUCAUUUGCAACUUUGAUCAGUCAAUAUGGAAUCUUCAAGUUUUCUUGGAGUACCUCUGAAAUAGCCAAUGCGACACUAACCCUUUCCUCGACUAGAGCGUUUGUGUUGAUGAUACUUACGCCGAUACUAAUCAACAGGGUCUUCAGCGGAUUUUUUGGUUUCAAGACUUUGAAGUCUCAACUAGAUAUGGUUGAUUUUUCCAUGAUUACUAUCGGAUGUGUUUUUGAUAUUCUCGGAUAUUUAUUUCUUGGGCUCAGUAGAAAUACCAUUGAAUUCUUAAUAUCGUUCGGUGUUGGCAGUAUAGGAUCUAUUUUUGCCCCAACGGCCAUUUCGUCGAUAAUUAAAUUCUUUCCAGAGUCGAAGACUGGUGAGGUUUUUGGUGCAAUUUAUCUUUUAGCUAAUUCACUUCAGAUCUUACUUCCCAUAUUGUUUGUGAAGACAUAUCAGUUUUCAUUGAAGAAAGACUUUGCUCAAGCCUGCUGGUUUCUAAUGUCGCUAAUUUUUGCAAUUUCAUUCUGUGCAGCUCUUGUGUGUAAAAGGGUCUUGAACUUGACUUCUGAGACAGAAGAUCAUGAACUUGACGACUCGCGGAGCUCUACUCUUAGUGCCCUGUCCCCACUUUCACCAUUGGCAUCAAGUCCAUUGCACUCCCCAGAGAUUCAGGACAGCUACUUCAGUAUGGAACAUUGA